AUGGUUGCUGAAUGGAACAUUGAGAAUACAAGGAUUGUCACCGAGUUGUUUGUCAAGCAAGUGAGAGCUGGAAAUAGGCCAAAUACUCACUUGACCUCGAAUGCAUAUGAUGAGGUGGGGAGGGAAUUCAAACUAAUAACAGGGCUGGAGUACAUCAAUGACAUUGCUCUAGCGUCCCCAUCGCGAAGGAAAAUUCUCCACCACUCCAUCCUCUUCCUUCCUGCCGCCUCCAUCCUCUCCCUCCCUGCUGCCUCCAUCUCCCUCGCCCCGCUCUCUGUCUCGCCGCCCGGCGGCGGCUCUGACCGGAGGCGCGAGGCCACCCGAAUCAUGGCCAAGUCUGGUGCUUGUAAGGAGGCGGCGCUAGUGCGGUCAUUGGCGACCUGGCCGCCGCAGCAGCACGUCCCCGGUGCCCCGGCAAGAUUGUGCGCCAACCGCUGGCCACAGCAACUCUUCUACUCCGGCGAUCCGACGAGCUCGUCCGCCAGCCCCUCCGAACCACCGUACCUCUACCCCCCCUCUCAUGGAAUCCUCUACUGCAAACCCUACAUGGAGGCCAAUGUACACCCCUGCACCUAAAGACUUGCCAAGUUUUGGACAAUUCCCCCCAAUGCAUAAUUAUAAUUUUCAACCUCCACAAGUGUAGCAUCAUGUACAAGGGCACCAAAAUAUGGAUACCAAUCAACCGGCUGAUGGUUCCGAUGAUGAAGCUGAAGCAAGUAUCAGUGAUCCUUCCUCCGUCUACACACUAGAUCACUACCUUGUCCAGAUGGACAUGUUAGACUCAUUCGCCAAGGAGAUCGCAAUAGAAGUGAAGGAGAACCUCGACGCUCAAGGAAGAUCAAGCAGAAGUGGUCCGAGGAUUUACGUGAACAGGCCACGUGAAGAAGCUGCUGAGCAAUUGGUACGCGACUAUUUCUGUGAUAAUCCUAUCUACAAGAAUAAGGUAUUUCAUAGAAGAUUCCGGAUGAGAAGGCCCCUUUUUGAGUGUAUCAUACAUGCACUAGGAGAGUGGUCUCCAGAGUUCAUGCAAAGGAAAGAUGCUCUUGCCCGUGAUGGACUAUCUCCAUCGCAGAAAUGCACAUCAGCUAUUCGCCAAUUGGCAUAUGGUACUCCGGCCGACGCUCUCGAUGAGUACCUUAAGAUUGCCGAGUGCACAUAAAUUAAGUGCUUAAAGUUGUUCGUCAAAGGCGUGAUUCAUAUAUUUGGUGAUGAGUAUAUGCGAAAACCCAAUGUCAACGAUGUGCAACGCUUACUUGAUAUUGGAGAGAGUUGUGGGUUUCCUGGCAUGUUAGGAAGCCUCGACUGUAUGCACUGGCGUUGGGACAAAUGUCCCAUGGAGUGGAAGGGACAAUUCAUCAGUGGGUAUAAAGGCGCCCCUACUCUUAUUCUAGAGGCGGUUGCUUCUUAGGAUCUUUGGAUAUGGCAUGCAUUUUUUGGUGUUGCUGGAUCCAACAAUGACAUCAACGUGCUUAAUCAGUCAAUGUUGUUCCUUGGGCAACUGAAAGGGCAAGCUCCUCGAGUGAACUAUAAU